UCCGUCAAAAAUAUUGCAUUUGCAUUUGCAUUCGAUUUUAUAAACUAUUGAAAAUUUGGAGAGAUUUCAAUAGUUUAUGGCUUAUAUUAUUAUUACAAGGUACAAUAUGCAACAGUGUUUUUAAGAGAUUGGUUGUGAUAUAAAGAAAAUAGAGUAGACAGAUGUACAAAGAAAUACAGCUAGAUAUAAGCGACGAACUGAACUACUUUAAUUUGAACAGCAGUGAAAAAUCUAUAGCACAGUUGAGUUACCUGAUUGUUCUGCGUUUUGAAGGGGCGGAGACGCUAACUAGCGAAGUAACAGGAGGAAGCAACCGGAGAGCAGCUUAUGUAAAAAUAAACAUAUGUAUAUACGACGCUUUCCAGAAUCUAAGAGCCUAACAUUUCUGAAGUCAAAUAUGCGUCAGUAAUGUUUAUGGAAUAUACCAUUGGUAUUAAUUAGAUCACGCUGAUCCUAAUGCCAAUAACAUACAAUUUAUUGAUAUAAAAUCGAUUGUAAACGUCAUUUGCAGAACAACCUAACUUAUAUCUUGUUAAAGGACGAUAAAACUCGGAAUAAAUAGAAGCCACAAGGGUAGAAAAUAAACAAAAUACGAGUCAUUUUCUUGAAAUCCUUCUCAAAUUUGUGGUAAUACCAAAUGGCAAUGUCAAAAGUUAUACGGGUCCUUGAAAAGUCUAUCCCGCCAUCACCAUACAGCGUUCUCCUCGAGCAUCGAAAUAAAAGUGAUAGCAUUCUUUUUGAAUCGCAUGCAGUUGCUUUGCUUACAAAUCAAGAAACGGAUGUAAUUCGUAAGCAAUACACCAAGUUAUGUGAUGCAUAUGGUUGUCUUGGGGUGUUGCAACUGAAUGCUGGAGAGAGUACAGUACUAUUUCUAGUGCUUGUUACGGGCUGCAUUUCUAUGGGAAAAAUCUGCGAUGUAGAAGUUUUCCGAAUUACACAGACACAGUUUGUGGCUUUGCAAAAUGCUGCGCCUAAUGAAGACAAAAUCUCUGAAUGUCGAAAACUGCUGAAUUCGGGCACUUUUUACUUCGCUCACUCGAACAUUUCGAUGUCCAGUAGUCUGCAGAAGUUCGAUAUAACAUUAUGUGCCCAACGUCGCCAACAAAUAUCCGAGACUGAUAAUCGAUUCUUUUGGAAUCGGAUGAUGCACAUACAUAUGCUCCGAUUUGGUGUGGACUGCCAGUCGUGGUUGUUGAAGGCAAUGUGUGGCUCCGUCGAAGUUCGCACUGUUUACAUUGGAGCUAAACAAGCUCGGGCCGCGAUCAUAUCUAGAUUAAGUUGUGAGCGCGCCGGGACUCGCUUCAAUGUGCGGGGCACUAAUGAUGAAGGACACGUUGCUAACUUUGUUGAGACGGAACAAGUAAUUUAUGUGGAUAGUGAUGUGACCAGCUACAUCCAAACUCGUGGCUCUGUUCCAUUAUUUUGGGAGCAACCGGGUGUGCAAGUGGGUUCGCACAAGGUGAAAUUAUCGCGAGGUUUUGAGGCUGCAGCCGCAGCUUUUGACCGGCACAUGACGAUGAUGAAACAACGUUACGGCUACCAGGCGAUUAUUAACCUUUUGGGUACUUCAAUGAUUGGAAGUAAGGAGGGAGAGGCGAUGUUAAGCAAUGAAUUCCAAAGGCAUCACAGUAUGUCAACUCAUAAAGAUGUGCCACAUAUUAUAUUUGAUUAUCAUCAAGAAUGUCGAGGUGGAAAUUUCGGAGCUCUUUCGAAACUUAAGGAGCGCUUGGGAGUAUGCGGAGUAAACUACGGUUUCUUCCAUGCCUCUCAGGGACAAGUGUUGCGCGAGCAAUUUGGUGUUAUUCGUACGAAUUGUCUCGAUUGCUUGGAUCGUACAAAUUGUGUGCAAACUUAUUUAGGUUUGGAUAUGCUCAAUCAACAAAUUGAAGCCUUGAAGUUGGGAGAGAAAAAGCAAAAUUUUUCUAGAUUCGAAGAAAUAUUUCGUCAAAUGUGGAUAAACAAUGGUAACGAAGUGAGCAAAAUCUAUGCAGGUACUGGAGCUAUACAAGGUGGAUCUAAACUAAUGGACGGUGCUCGUUCCGCAGCUCGCACCAUACAAAAUAAUUUGCUAGAUAAUUCGAAACAGGAAGCAAUUGAUAUUUUAUUGGUUGGAUCAACACUAUCAUCAGAGUUGGCUGACCGAGCUAGGAUAUUAUUACCAUCAAAUAUGUUGCAUGCACCAACAACGGUUUUAAGAGAAAUGUGUAAACGUUAUGCUGAGUAUGUUGUGGCCCGAACCUGUCGAGUUGCUGUUGCAACGUAUAACGUUAACGGGGGCAAACAUUUCCGGAGUAUUGUUUUUAAAGACUCUUUGUCUGAUUGGCUACUCGAUUGCCAUUCAUUGGCACGAGCUAAAGCUCUGGUCAACGUGAAUAACCCUUCGGAAAAUGCCUGUGCACCAGUCGAUAUAUAUGCGAUUGGUUUUCAAGAGAUCGUGGAUUUGAAUGCCUCCAACAUUGUUGCCGCUAGUACAGAUAAUGCCAAAUUGUGGGCAGAGGAAUUGCAAAAGACAAUUUCACGGGACAAUGAUUACGUACUUCUCACUUAUCAACAAUUAGUCGGUGUAUGUUUAUAUAUAUAUGUUCGACCGGAGCACGCACCAUUCAUUCGUGAUGUGGCAAUUGAUUGUGUGAAAACGGGACUAGGCGGUACUACCGGCAAUAAGGGAGCGUGCGCUAUACGAUUCGUUUUAUACGGAACCUCAAUGUGCUUUGUUUGUGCACACUUUGCUGCCGGCCAGUCACAGGUGGCUGAACGUAAUGCUGAUUAUGCCGAAAUUACACGUAAAUUGGCAUUUCCAAUGGGCCGCACUCUCAAAUCACAUGACUGGGUAUUUUGGUGUGGAGAUUUUAACUACCGCAUUGAUAUGGAGAAGGAUGAUUUGAAAGAAGCUAUACAAAAUGGGGAUCGGCAAUCUAUUCUAGUUAAUGAUCAGUUGCAUAAAGAGCAAGAGGCGGGCAACGUAUUUGGCGAUUUUCUCGAAGGCGAAAUAAAUUUCGAUCCAACGUACAAAUAUGAUGUAUUUAGUGAUGAAUAUGAUACAUCGGAAAAACAACGUGCACCUGCUUGGACUGAUCGUGUAUUGUGGCGUCGACGCAAGGCUUUAGCCGCCGAGACAGAUGUCACUAGUGUUGAAUGGAAUCCGGGUAAACUUAUCCAUUAUGGUCGAUCGGAAUUGAAGCAGAGUGAUCAUCGUCCAGUAAUUGCUAUUAUUGAUGCAGAAAUUGUUGAAAUCGAUUCACAACAACGACGAGAGGUGUUUGAGCAGGUCAUAAAAGACUUGGGACCACCUGAUUCUACAAUUUUAGUACAUGUGAAAGAGAAUGCUAUUGAUGAUAAUGGGCCUACCAUCUAUGAUGAAACGGUAAUGUCUACAUUAAUUCAAGAAUUGUCGAAGAUGGGCGAGGUUACUUUGGUACGUUAUGUGGAAGACACAAUGUGGGUAAUAUUUCGGGAUGGUGAAUCUGCAUUGCACGCUAGUAAGAAACAGUCUAUAUAUAUUUGUGGAUUGAAAUUAGAGUUCGAAUUGAAGACGGCGAAUUGGCAACCAUUAGUUGAUAAUGAAAUUGAACUUUGCACUACAAAUACAAUCCCAUUAUGUUCUAAUCCUCAAGAACAAGCAAAGAUAUUUAGUAGCUCACCUGAUGUGCCGCAGCGACCUAAACAACAUCCGGCGAGACCUGCUCCAGCUCGCCCGCCAAUGCCUAUGUCGCCCAAAAAUUCACCACGUCAUCAACCACACGUUGGUGUUAUAAGCGUCGUUCCGGAGAUGCUACAAUCGAAAUCGGCAAAACCUCCUAUGCCCUCGCAACCACUAAUACCACAGCCGUUGCUGCCCAUACCAGUAUCCCAGUCAACCCAGAAGAACCCAAACAUAGCCGCAGGGAUUGGCAAUUUGGGAACCAAUAAUGAUGGAAAUGAAAGUCUUUCGUCUUCUAAGUCACAGUCACCUAUAGAAACUCAGCAAACGUCGCCAUUUCACUCUACAUCUGCUGUUUCAUCAAUUGGUUUAGCUGAAGCGUCAUUACCUCCCACACCACCACGUCAAAGCAAAAAUGUCACACCAAUAUCUACACCAACACGUCAAUCGCAACAAUCAUCCUUCGAUAUACAGGAAGGCGCAUCAACAUUCUAUGAUGGAAGCGUCUUUAACAUUUAUGAAGAAAUACAGGACGAAAUACCAGCACCUAGACAUCCACCACCACCAUUUCCUCCUGCAGUAAGCCAAGAAAUUUCAUCGAAUGCUCCAAUUGGUGAAAGUCCACGUAGGCAAGUACAGCAGACUCCGAUAGGUCCACCACCGCCACUACCGGCGCGACGAGGACCGCCACCUAUCCCAAAUCGCAGCGGAAAUGCACCACCACUACCUACACGACCAAGCAAUAACAAUUAAAGUAAGUAUUUAAACUAACUUUUUUCGGGUUUUUUGGUUACCAACUAAAAUAUCAUGGCUUAAUGAUCAAAUUCAAGUUGUGAUGAAAUAGCACUAAAUACUUAAUAAAUACUCGAAAGGCUCUAUUCUCAAUUUGUGAUUCGGUUCCUAAAUAUUUUACUUGUUUUACCUGCAAUUCGCAUAAGGUUCCUAGAAGAGCUCGAUAUAAGGCCAAUAUAACCGGUGACCCCAUACGAGUUAUAUCUUCGUUAUGCAAAACAUAAAGGCCUCAUGCAGUCCGAAAUGUAGCUAAGGGGAAAACUAGCUUCAGAACUAAACAGUUAUGUGCUUUGUAUUUAAUUCUAAAAUAAAAAUUAUUAUUAACUCCGUUACCUUCUACUUUUUAAUACUUAUUAAAAAAGUAGAUGCAAAUUCUAAGUUAUUUAAUUUUCAUGAAUAGAGCCGUUUAUGUAGAAAAAAACAAGAGUUAUUCAGUAUUUACAUUCCUAAGAUCAUGUCGGGGAAAACCAGAACAAUGCCACUGGGUCUAUCGCUUAUGUAUUUACACACCUAUUAUUAUAAUAUAGUUAUACAUGCUAGUAAAAAUGUACUUGGUCCAUGGGGCUCAACCUUUCAAAUGAGGAGAUCAGAACAGCAGCAAGUAAGUAUAUAAGUAAACAAAAUCUUUCUUAAAGACAUCAUUAUUGUUAAUGUUUGCAAUACAAAAUGUUUUAUAAAAUAAAAUAAUUUUUUUUCUCAGCAUUUUUUGGAAAAUUUGGCUUAAGUUUUAGAUAUGCGUACAAAACUAUGUAUAAACAUUUCACAAUAAUAUUGUAAUUUGUUUGCCUUGGUGAAAAUGAUAAACAAAUAUGUAAUUUUGGUUAGAUAGGCAUCGGACCAUGGGCGUUCUCUACCCUUAUGUAUCAUAUUCGUAAUCAACAUUGUUAUUAUUAUUUUCAGUCUGUGAGAAAGAGUAACGAUUGUAUCCAAAUGGUGGAACCAAAUUACGAUACUUUGGUUUCGUUAGCGAUAUAUUAGAAAAUCGUAUUGUAACCGUUUCAUUUCAGUGAUUUUCUAUGCAGCUAUGCAAGAGUAUCCUUAACAUUCGACAGAGAAAAUGUGCACAUGAUGUGACAUAAUCUACUCAACCAUAAAGUAAACGACAAGAUAAAUAUAAGGUAUUGCUUAACUUGUAAGAUAAUCGUGUGCUUCAGUAACCCAACUAAUUUUAAUUUUAGUAUCCCCAACCUUAUUAACAAACGCUAAAAAUUAAUUUUUUUGGUUUGAAAAUUGAAUGAUGUUUUUGUCUAUAUUACAAAAUUUUCAUUCUUUAUUAUUUUUAAAAUGUAAAUUGUUAGAACUAAAACUGGAAGCUCUAAGAGUAGAAAUCAGAUUAGAAAUAUAGUUGCAUCGUAAUUGCAAUACGAGUAAAGUUUAGUCAAUAAAAGUUAAAUAAAUGCUCUUAUACAUAUAUUUAUAUGGUAAUUUAAAUUACCGUAAAACAAACACUGUUUAUAAUAAUCACUUAAGAGUUCCUCAUUUAAAUUUUCGUAGUUUAUUUUAAUUAAGACCAAUUAAUAUUUUAUUAUCAAACAAAAUUUCUUUUCAGUUAUUUCUAAUUAUAAUAAUUUUAAAUACAACUUUUAAAAAAUACCACGGAGUGGUUAUCACAAAAUAAUAUAAUUAAAGGACCUGUAAAGACCUGUAACCAGAAACCAAGCCAGUAAUCUCUUAAGUUGAAUUCUAGUCAAAAGGCUCAACAAAAAAAAUGUUGAAUAAACAAAUUUAAAUAAAAUAAUACAAUAUAAAAUAAAAUAAUACAAUAUAAAAUAAAAUAAAAGUAAAAAAAAAUAAUUCCGUUGAGCUUUUAUUGUUCUAAGAUUAUUAUUAUUAAUAUAUUAAAACUAUAUUUUACGAAUAAAUUUGAGAAAUACUACAAUGUGCGGGGGACGAGGCCAUUUUACACAUUGUUAAAACAUUUAAUAGAUAUGUAAUAAUGUAAGUCGGGAAAUUAUUGUUGUUGCUAGAAAAAUACAUUCCAAAUAAAUAUUUAUUAAACAAAGGCGGAAAGCAGUAAGAAAAAAUGAUAGAACUUACGAGCCAUUGUUAUUUUUGCAUAGUUGAAUAUAUUUGCUUACCGAUUGCAGAAAAUCUUUAUUUACACAACCUGCAUUUCACAAUUGCGUAUAUAUCUACCAUACUAGAUGUACAUAUGUGUGAAAGCCUAUGCACACAUGAAGAAAUGUACUAAUAUAUAUAUUUAAUACAUACACAUACAUGUUACAUUUUGAAAAAUAUAUGCAUAUAUAAAUAAAAUAAUAAACUAUAACAACA